AUGCUCAACUUUGCCGUUCAGCUCCUCGCUGCUGCGAGUGUCGUCCUCGCUUCACCUGUCAACCUCCAAAGCCGUGCUGUCAUCAACCACGAUGCUGUAGUUGGCUUCCGCGAGACCGUUCCCUCCGGCAUCGUAGGGCAGCUCAUGCUCAAGUACAAACCCUACCUCAAGGUCGAGAACGGCUGCGUUCCUUUCCCUGCUGUCAACGCCGCAGGUGACACUGGCGGCGGCCUGGCCACUUCUGGUGACCCUUCAGGAUUGUGUAGUUCCAGCCCUGGACAGGUCUAUGCCCGCGCUGGCACCCACAAUGGUGCCUACGCCAUCAUGUACUCGUGGUACAUGCCCAAAGACAGCCCUAGCCCUGGUCUCGGCCACCGACACGACUGGGAAAACAUUGUCGUCUGGCUGUCAGCCCAAUCCGCCACCGCUACUCUCCGCGGCGUUGCCAUCUCUGCUCACGGCGACUACCAGAAGGUCACCAGGCCAAACCUCGACGGCACUCGUCCCUUGAUUGGCUACAGGUCCAUUUUCCCUGUUAACCACCAGCUUAUCUCUACGAGCACGAAGGGCGGAGAGCAGCCGGUGAUUGCGUGGGAUAGUAUGCCUGCGGCGGCGAAGAGGGCAAUUGAGAACACGGACUUUGUCGACGCGACUCCUUCUUUCCGGGACAGCAACUUUGAGUCGUACCUUGCUGAGGCUUUUAUUUAG